AUUUUAAUCACCGAGCCGUGACUUGCGACGCGCAAAUGCGCAUCGGUCCGCGCAUCUUUGAAUCUUCAGAACUACACUGUGGACACAAUCUCCCUGGCAUCCGAAGACCUCUCCUCCGCAAUCCGACGAGGCUUCUUCACCGCCUAUGGCCGCACAUCGGCAUCCUUGAGCCGCUGGCCUCGUCCCGGACCUUUCACCCAUCGCUGUCCUCCAAAGGUCUUUGAAUCAGGGAGACAUCUGGAAACACUUUUUUUUAUUUUAAAUAAUCCUUGGCUGGCUAUUUUAAAGCACCCGGUGCUAUGCUGGGCCCAUCUCUCUAGAUCUUGUGAUUAAUACACGAUCUCUCCUCCCACAUUCGUCCGACCGAGACCCUGGUACUCUCAUCGAGUCCCGACAAUGCAUCCUAACGCAGUGAUGCUGGCGGUGGUCCUUUUGGGGAACUUGAUGCUGCCUUUCAUCUCGGCUCAAAACGCUGGGUUUGUGAAGUCGCCAAUGUCUGAGACUAAGCUUACGGGGGACACCUUUGAGCUGUACUGCGAUGUGGUUGGCAACCCCACUCCAGAGAUCCAGUGGUGGUAUGCUGAGAUCAACCGAGCUGAUUCCUUCAAGCAGCUGUGGGACGGAGCCCGCAAGCGUCGGGUAUCCAUCAACACGGCCUACGGCACCAAUGGGGUCAGUGUGCUAGCUAUCACGCGCCUCACACUGGAGGACUCUGGGACGUAUGAGUGUCGGGCCAGCAACGACCCCAGGCGCAAUGACCUCCGUCAAAACCCUGCCAUCACCUGGAUCCGCGCCCAGGCCACCAUUUCGGUGCUACAGAAACCAAAGAUCAAUGCCUCUGAUCAGAUCAUCCUGUCAGCGGACACCUCUAGCACACCAGUUACCCUGCAGUGUAACCUCACCACUGCCCACACCCCACACAAGGAAAGUUUCUGGAUGAAGAAUGGACAUGAGAUCCUCAAUACACGGACAGAGCAGAGGAACACAGUGUACAGAAUCGCUAAACAACGGGCAGAUGUUUCUGGGGAAUACAUGUGUGUUUACACAUUUGACAUGGCACCAAACGCAAAUGCUACAAUUGAAGUAAAAGCAAAACCUGAUAUCACUGGCCACAAGCGAAGUGAAAAUAAAAACGAGGGGGAAAAUGCAAUGCUUUACUGCAAGUCUGUUGGUUACCCACAUCCCACCUGGACAUGGCGUAAAGGAGACGGAACAUCCUACACGGACAUUGACAACUCCACUGGACGCUUCUUCAUCACAAGCAGAGACAACUACACAGAGCUCAACAUACUAAACCUGGAUAUAAACACAGAUCCUGGAAUAUAUGAGUGCAAUGCCACUAACGUCAUUGGAAACACCGCUCAGACUACUAUACUACGGGUGCGCAGCCACCUUGCACCGCUUUGGCCUUUUCUUGGUGUGCUAGCAGAAAUUAUAAUCCUAGUAGUCAUCAUUGUUGUGUACGAGAAACGCAAGAGGCCAGAUGACUUUAUUGAUGAUGAUGAACCAGUUGGACCAAUGAAAACAAAUUCAACAAAUAACCACAAGGACAAAAACAUUCGCCAGAGGAAUACGAAAUAAGCAAUUUACUCAAAUGAGAUGGCUAAACUGCAUUUUUUUGACUACAUGAAGGUAUCAGAGGUGGAUAGAGCUCCGGGCAGUUUUCAAAAAAGCAUAUCUUGUCUCAUUUUAUGAGAAACAAUAUCAGCGUAACACUGGCAACAAAAAGAACAUAAUGGCUGUCUUAAGCAUGCCUUAUUCAGUCUUACGUGGAGAUUUCAGGAUGACAAAUAAUGAUUAAAACCACCACAAAGGUGUACACAUUUUUAAUGUGCUGUUGGUGUCUCCUUUAUUAAUUUUAUCAUAUCCUCAAAUGAGGUGAUCCCUUUUGUAUUACAUAUCAUGUACAAUGCAUGCAAGAUAAUUACGCAAUAGGAUACUCAGAAUAGACAUUUUCUGUUGUUAUCCCUCGUGUGGCUUUUUUUUUGCAUCUAAAAUGACCUGUGUUUUUUUAUG